AGUAAAUGAAACCAUCAUCCAGUGUUUAAACCUCAGCCCAGUUUAAGGCUCAUCAGAGCAGAGAAAGACAUGGACCCUGUCACAGCUGGUGCUGCUGCAGCAGGAGCAGUAGGAGCUAUUGUCGCGGCUCCUGCCGUUCUGGGGGCGGCAGGUUUCACCUCAGCUGGAAUAGCAGCAGGCUCCGUCGCUGCUAAAAUGAUGUCGGUUGCUGCAGUUGCAAACGGAGGAGGAGUGGCAGCAGGGAGUGUGGUGGCUGCUUUGCAGUCAGCAGGUGCGGCUGGUAUAUCAGGAGCUGCCUCUGCAGUUGUGGGCGGCGCUGGAGCAGCAGUGGGAUGGCUGGCUAGCUUCAUUGGCUGAAAAUCAGGAAGGAAUAAUAUAUGAGAAAUAAUAGAUGCACUUGCUUGAUGGAAACAAUUGGAAAUUCUAUCAAUGAAGCAGAGCGUUUGUGUUUUGAAAAGUUUCCUUGUAUGCAUUUAAAUGAAUUAUGAGAUUAUGUUUUGGCAUUUCUGCAAAACAUGUAUUGGACUUUCACAAAAUAAAAUGCAAUUGAAAAGUA